GUGUGUCUUACGACGACGCGCUGUACCCGAUCGACACACACGCGCACUAAGACAUGGUGGACAAAGAUGAAUUAGACGUCCGGGGCAAGAGAGUUCUCGAGCUCGGGGCUGGGGCAGGGCUGCCAUCGCUCAUCUGUGCGCUGAAAGGUGCCACCAAAGUCGUCAUCUCCGACUACGCAACGUCUACCGACGCCGCCCUGAUGGUCCCCAUCCAGAUCAACAUCGACCGAGUCCAGCCAGAGUUCGUGCCCGAAGGCACCUUGCACGCCGUGGGGCACGUGUGGGGGCAGGCAGUGGAGGACCUCCGCGCCCCUCUGCGGACAGGGAGCUCGUUAUCAUUACGCCACGAUAACGGCGUCGGUAGCAGAAGUGAUGGAGAGAAGAACGUAAUCCUCGGUAGCGUCGCCGCCGACAGCGAUCGAGAGAAAAACGUAGACCUUGGUGGCGCCGCCGCCGGGGCGCCGGUUCAAGCUACGGGUACAGAAGAGGAGAUUGAGUCGGGAUAUGGGCAAGGAGAAGGAAGCCCGGGAGGAGGUUGCCAUCGUACGAGGCCGAUAGCGGGCGGGGGCGGGGAUGGGGAGGGGUUCGAUGUGGUGAUCAUGGCCGAUCUUCUCUUCAACCGGUCGCAGCACGCGCAGCUGCUCGAGACCUGCGGCCGCUGCCUGCUCGGGAGAGGGUCGGGAAGCACGGCGACCGCGGCGGCGGCGGCGGCGGCGGCGGCGACGAUGUGGGUGAGCUUCUCCCACCACGAUCCCGAGAAGGCAGAGCUGGACAUGAAGUUCUUCGAGCUGGCCAAGGACAAAGGGUUCGUCGCGACGCGGAUCAAGACGGUGCAAAUGCGAGAUCUCUUCGUGGAGAACGAUGGCUUGGACGACCUGAGAGGCGAAGUACACCUAUGGUGCCUCAAGCGACGAUGACUGCCGAUAGAUUUAUAACUUGCUUCGUGCGGCCAGCUGUGCGGGCGAAUGCGAUCAUGGGACAGCAGUUGCGGUAACGACGAUGAACUGGUGUUGCUAGGUCCAGCCGAGACCGCCUGGCCAGCGUGCGAGUGUUCUGUGCCCGGAUGGGUUUCAGAUAAUAGCAGGGGCAGGUAGUCUUUCAUUCCCCAGCACCGGCGCACGAAAGGGCUCCGUUCGCGAAACCUCGCGAAACCUCCGGAUAAGGGACGGUCGCUAGUUGAAGCAAAAGAAAGACCAUCACCCAGACUUCGCUUGAUGGGCAAUUUGAUGCGGUUUUGCAUGGUAGCUUUUCUCUGCGGGUGGCUUCGCGUACGAAUGCUGCCGUAAGCCCUGCCCACCGGGUGGUGCAACUCUGCGUCGAGUACCCGACGACCAAGAAAUCGACGUCCUUCCUUACGCACUAUCGUGUCAGAACGAUGCCUAGACCUCGUCUCAAGAGAACGUGAUACAACAGCGUGCGAACGUG